AUGGCGAAGAAAGAAGUUCAUCUGGACCGUGAGUCUUUCUCUUGUUUAAUCUGUUUGGAUCUACUGAAGGAUCCAGUGACUGUUUCCUGUGGACACAGCUUCUGCAGGAGCUGUAUUCAAUCCCACUGGGAUAAAGAGGAUGAGAAGAAGAUCUACAGCUGUCCUCAGUGCAGAGAGACUUUCAUACCGAGGCCUGUCCUGAAGAAAAACACCAUGUUAGCAGGUUUAGUGGAGGAACUGAAGAAGAGCGGACUCCAAGCUGCUCCUGCUGAUCACUACUAUGCUGGACCUGAAGAUGUGGCCUGUGACGUCUGCAUUGAGAGAAAACUGAAAGCUGUCAAGUCCUGUCUUCAAUGUCUGGCUUCUUACUGUCAGAUUCACCUCCAGCCUCAUUAUGAAUCACCUCCAUUAAAGAAACACAAGCUGGUGGAGCCCUCCAAGACGCUCCAGGAUAACAUCUGCUCUUGUCAUGACGAGGUGAUGAAGAUCUUCUGCCGCACUGAUCAGAAGUCCAUCUGUUAUCUCUGCUCUUUGGACCAACACAAAGGUCACGACAUAGUCUCAGCUGCAGCAGAAAGGACUGAGAGGCAGAAAGAUCUGGAGGAGAGUCGAGAAAACAUCCAGCAGAGAAUCCAGGACAGAGAAGAAGAUGUGAAGCUGCUCCAACAGGAGGUGGAGACUAUCAACGGCUCUGCUAAUAAAGCUGUGGAGCACAGCCAGGAGAUCUUCAGCCAGCUGAUCCGUCUGAUGGAGAAACGCCGCUCUGAGGUGGAGCAGCAGGUCAGAUCCCAGCAGGAGAAGCUGGAGCAGGAGAUCACUGAGCUGAAGAGGAAAGACGCUGAUCUGCAGAAGCUCUCACUCACAGAGGACCACAUCCAGUUUCUGCACAGCUACCCCUCACUGUCAGAACCGGGUCAACCUGCAGACUCAUCCAGAAUCAACAUCCGUCCUCUGAGAUACUUUGAGGAGGUGACAGCAGCUGUGUCAGAGGUCAGAGAUAAACUCCAGGAUCUUCUGACAGAGACGUGGACAAACAUCUCACAGGCAGUGACUGAAGUGGAUGUUUUACUGUCAGAACCACCAGGACCAGCAGAACCCAAGACCAGAGCUGGUUUCUUAAGAUAUUCACAAAGAAUCACACUGGAUCCAAACACAGUAAACAGAGAGCUGAGAUUAUCUGAUGGAAACAGAAGAGCAACAGUGACACAACAACAACAACAGUCUUAUCCUGAUCAUCCAGACAGAUUCACUGAUUGGGUUCAGGUCCUGAGUAGAGAGAGUCUGACUGGACGUUGUUACUGGGAGGUGGAGUGGAGAGGGGGUGGGGUUGUUGUAGCAGUCUCAUACAAGACUAUCAGGAGAGACGGGAACUCAAAGGAUUGUUUAUUUGGAGUCACUGACAAAUCUUGGAGAUUAGAGUGUUAUAAAAACAAUUAUAAAUUUAUGCACAACAAAGUCAUCACUCCUGUCUCAGUUCCUCAGUCCUCCAGAGUAGGAGUGUACCUGGAUCACAGAGCAGGUAUUCUGUCCUUCUACAGCGUCUCUGAAACCAUGACUCUCCUCCACAGAGUCCAGACCACAUUCACUGAACCUCUACAUGCUGGACUGAGGUUACCUUACAGUUAUGGAGACUCUGCUGAGUUUAUUAAACUGAAACUGAAUUUUGAGUCCAUCAGACAAAAAACACGUAAUGAGAUCCUCUAACUCUUGAAAUGUUCUGGUUUGUAAAUGUUUGUGGAUCAGUCUCACCAAAAACUCUGGGUUUAGUUCUUCAUUUCAGCUUUUUGAUUCUUUUCUAAAGAUGCUGAUUUGGUCGCAGCUUUAAGGACAGUGAUUGUGGAGAACUUUGAUUGUUUGUAUUUCUCAUGUUGAAAAAUCUUCAUCAAGUUUGAUAUCAACAACAUCAAGAUGAUGGUUUGUUCAAAUCACCUUCAGUUGGUGCAGAUGUUGAAGGUCUGAGACUUUAGAAAAAAGUGAGGUCAAAAUCACAGAAAAAGGGCGACCUUAUUUCCUGUCCCAAAUCCAAGCGUCUAAAGUCUUUCCAGUCGUCCCCAAAAACUCUUCAGAUGAUCUGUUUCUUUCUCUGUUUGCUGAAUAUUUGUGUUCAUGUGAUCGAUGGAUAUUUCUGUCUGCUUCUGUUGGAUCAGUGUGUUUGUAAAGACAUCUAGAAUCAGACUUUGGACAGAUCUACAUGUUGUUAUGAGCUUUUCAAUCACUCUAAUAAUAAUAAUCACAUUUAUUAGUCCGACUGUUUGGAUGUUUCUGACUCAGCUCAGAUUGUGGUCAAGUCUCUGAUUGUGGGUAAAAAGAAUAAAAAUCCUCAAACUGAGUCACUGAAAUCACCUCGUCUGUUUGUCUUUAUUGUGUCUGUUUCUGCUGGAUGUCAUGUUACCGCUCCGUCUGGGUCAUGGAUCCAUGUGGUCUGCAGGAUAUCUAAGAUGUGUUCACUAGGGAUGCACAAUAUUUAUCGGGCCGAUAGAAUAUCGGCCGAUUUGGGGGGAAAUUACGUCAUUUUUUAUCGGUCCGAUAGGUACAUUUUUCCGAUAGAAAGCUCCGAUAUAUUAAUGAAAUUACGAGUAACGUUUGCAGGCAGAGUAGCCACCUGUCCGAGACGCGCUGGUUCUGUCAUCUAUCGCGCCUUACUCGCAGGUCCCAAGCCUGACCCCGUCACUGCCUGACUGAUAAUAAAAUGUCUUCACCAGCAUGGUCGUUUUUCUCAGUGGCAGAAGAUGACAACAGCAGUGCUAUAUGCAAAACUUGUUCAGCAAGGAUUCCGAGAGGAGGAAAGACGUCACGUUUUCACACAACGAAUCUGAUAGCUCAUCGGAAAAGUCGCCAUCGCAGCGAAGCGGUAGUAAAAGAAUAUGAGGCAGCCGCCGAAGCUGCUAGCGGUACUAAAGCUAAGACAACAACACUACGGAGGAUCGAUGUCCCCAUUCAGCAGGUGUUUGAAAACUGCAAAAGCUUCUCAAGAGACAGCGAAAAGGCUAAAGCCAUUAACGACAAAGUGAUGGAAUUCAUAGCGGUCGACGACCAGCCUUUUUCCGUCGUUGAGAACUCGGGUUUUCCUAAGUUAAUAGCACACUUGGAGCCACGCUACACUCUCCCAAGCCGCCACUUCUUCUUGGAUGUGUCUCUUCCUGCACUCUAUGAUAUUGUCACCACAUACAUUCACAACCUGAUCGACAAGAACGGACUACACAUGAGUUUUACCACAGACAUGUGGACGUCAGAUGUUAGUCCGGUCAGCAUGCUAACCCUAACGGCUCAUAAUAGCUCCUUUACAGUUUGCAGUUCUGUUGAACAGUUCAGGGGAUGCAUUUUUUUGGUCAUAUGAAGUUCUGCUUUUUGGUCUGUUAUUGUUAUUUAUAGCAAAUGACCACAUAUUUUUGUGAUGACAUGGGGAAAAAAAUAAACAUUUGAAGAGCCAAAAACUUUUGUUUGUUGUUCUAGAUAGGCCAGAGUAACAAAAAUAUCAGUUUUCAAUCGCUUCCUGCACAAACUGCAGAUUAUAUGAAGAUUAUAAUAAAUAUAAAAAUAUGAAGUUAUCGGUAUCUGUAUCGGCCAUGAGAAGAAGAAAAUUAUCGGUUACUGGUAUCGGUUGAAAUUUUUCAUAUCGUGCAUCACUAGUGUUCACUCACAAGUGUUAGAGGUUGCAGGUGUGAGUUCUGCAGAUGCAUCAGGUUUUCUGUAACUUAGAGGGAAAAAUCUUAAUAAUAUUCAAUACAAUUAACUAAAUAAUUUCAAAAAAGGGUUAAAAUUUAGCAAACUGUGGGAGGUAUUAUAAAAUUUUAAAUGAUAGGAGAGUAAAAAGAGAAACAUUAGAAGCGUUCAAAAUUACAGAAUAAAUAAAUAUAAGAUGACAUAAGAAUUCGUUUAAAAACAAAUAAAAAAAUAUAAGAUAAAAUCAGGACGUGAGUUUUAUUUGUUUAGUGAAAGAAAUCCUUUUCAGUUCGCUGUUACCCCCACUCUCUUGCUGCUCAUGGAGCCACACUGUUACGUUCACGUUACAAUAUGUUACCCAUGCUACUCGCUAUAUAGACCGUGUAUGAGCUUGAACAUUACCCUUAACAUUAAGGGAAGAGGGUCCAACAGGAUUUGAUGUGCUCGUUGAUGACUCAAAACAAGCUGAAAAUAACGUUGUGUGUUCUUGUGCUUAUACAGUGCAAGUAGAAAUCAGUAGUGGCGCAUUGUUAUGAAUAAUCACGUGAAAUUUCAGUCGCGGCGCAUGUAAUUCAGCAGCAGCAGGAGUGAAGGGGCAAACACUGAUUGCAUAUUAUAUAUAUUUAUAUUUUUUCCAUUAAGUGAGCCACUACUGUCGUCUGUUGGUCGUUGCUUAUGUACUGUUGUCCACUUACUGCAGUCUGUGUACUAUUGACAACUUAUUAAGGUUACAAGGUUUAAGUAUUUAUCUUACAAGAAAAAUGAAAGAUAACCGUUCCAUAUUGGGAAUCCUGUGAAAUAGUACAAUUCUGAAAAAUGAUUGCUGUUUUUGCUUACCUUGGGUCUAGUCGGGGAAUAAUGACCUACAAAAAAAUGUUUGUUGCGUGUUCUUGCCUUUUAUUGACCUGUUCACAUAAAAUGAUAAUAAUGCAUUAGAUUUUACGUAGCGCUUGAUCAGAGACCCUCAAAGCGCUUUACAUUGGACCGUUCAUUUAUGCGCUCACACAGUCACACCACGGUGGUGGUAAACUACUUUAGUAGUCACAACUGCCCAGAGGCAGACUGACAGAAAUGUGGCUGCCAGUUUGCGCCUAUGGCCUCUCCAACCACCACCACACAACACUCACAAUUAUACACCAGUGGAGGACACACACUGGGAGCAAGGGGGUUAAGUGUCUUGCCCAAGGACACAGCGGACAGAUUUGGGAUAGGGGGGAAUCGAGCCGCCAACCUUCUGGUUAUUGGAUGACUGCUCUACCUCCUAAGCUACUGCCGCCCCGAAAUAAGUUAAUAAAUAAAUAAAUGAAAACUGAGCAAACUGAGGGAACACCAUCACAAGAACUUUAUGAGGAUAUACUGGAGGUAUAAUAAAAAUGUUGAAUGUUAGAAAGGGGAAUUUAAAGAGAAGAACAUUAAAAACUACAGAAUAAAUAAAUAUAAAAUGAUAUGGCACAAGAAUACAUUUAAACAGUAAUAAUAUUAAAUGAGAAGAUGAGUAUUUUUUGGUCAGUAAAAUAAAUCAAAUUUAGUCCGAUUAAAAAGGUGGGUCUUAAGACUCUGUGCCGUCCUCAGGUCAGCUGAUCCACAGACGUGGGCUGUAAUAAAAGCUCUCCCUCUGUGGGUCUGUGUAGCUGCAGCCCUGAUCCUAUUCAUUAAUGUAAUCAAUUCAUCAUAUUUACAGGCAGCUGCAUUGUGAACGCGAGCUAGUAUAAACACAAGCUAACCUUAGCUAGCAUUGGCACUAGCUAACAUUACUGAGAUUUGUUGAUUUUACAUCCUUCAAGAUAACAAGAACUCAACAUGGCUGACAUAUUUUUAGAAGAGGAUUACAAAUAAAUUGUAAAUGCAAAAAAUAAUUCAAACAUUUACCAAAAUGUGAAAGGAGAAAUCUUUUGUUUGUACAGUAAAAUGUUGAUCUACUCGUUGGAAGUGUUUCUGUGUUCGAUCAGGUUUAUAUGAGGUGGAUAAAUGUUGAUGCUGUUGAUGUUCACGACCGCUGCGGCUUAAAUAACCUCUGCUUGUUAAAGUUUGAGUGUCUAAAGUUCACAUCCCCGCUCCUCUUCCUGGAAUGUAGAAAAACUUGAUAACCCCUCCCAGAUCUGAUCAGAUCUACAGUCUGAGGAUGGGCGUAACCAAGAUAUACUGAGCUGACUUAAGAGAUCAGAGCUCAGACUGGGAAAUUAAACCCUGUCAGUCGUCGACAGCGAGUGUUGAAAUGGCGAAGAAAGGAGUUCAGCUUGACCAGGAAUCUUUCUCUUGUUUAAUCUGUUUGGAUCUUCUGAAGGAUCCGGUGACUGUUUCCUGUGGACACAGCUUCUGCAGGAGCUGUAUUCAAUCCCACUGGGAUAAAGAGGAUGGGAAGAGGAUAUACAGCUGUCCUCAGUGCAGAGAGACAUUCAGACGGAGGCCUGUCCUGAAGAAAAACACCAUGUUAGCAGUUUUAGUGGAGGAACUGAAGAAGAGCGGACUCCAAGCUGCUCCUGAUGAUCACUACUAUGCUGGACCUGAAGAUGUGGCCUGUGACGUCUGCAUUGAGAGAAAACUGAAAGCUGUCAAGUCCUGUCUUCAAUGUCUGGCUUCUUACUGUCAGAUUCACCUCCAGCCUCAUUAUGAAUCACCUCCAUUAAAGAAACACAAGCUGGUGGAGCCCUCCAAGACGCUCCAGGAUAACAUCUGCUCUUGUCAUGAUGAGGUGAUGAAGAUCUUCUGCCGCACUGAUCAGAAGUCCAUCUGUUAUCUCUGCUCUUUGGACCAACACAAAGGCCACCACAUAGUCUCAGCUGCAGCAGAAAGGACUGAGAGGCAGAAAGAUCUGGAGGAGAGUCGAGAAAACAUCCAGCAGAGAAUCCAGGACAGAGAAGAAGAUGUGAAGCUGCUCCAACAGGAGGUGGAGACUAUCAACGGCUCUGCUGAUAAAGCUGUGGAGCACAGCCAGGAGAUCUUCAGCCAGCUGAUCCGUCUGAUGGAGAAACGCCGCUCUGAGGUGGAGCAGCAGGUCAGAUCCCAGCAGGAACGUGAAGUGAGUCGAGUCAAAGACCUUCAGGAGAAGCUGGAGCAGGAGAUCACUGAGCUGAAGAGGAAAGACGCUGAUCUGCAGAAGCUCUCACUCACAGAGGACCACAUCCAGUUUCUGAAGAGCUACCCCUCACUGUCAGAACCGGGUCAACCUGCAGACUCAUCCAGAAUCAACAUCCGUCCUCAGAGAUACUUUGAGGAGGUGACAGCAGCUGUGUCAGAGGUCAGAGAGAAACUCCAGGAUGUUCUGACAGAGACGUGGACAAACGUCUCACAGGCAGUGACUGAAGUGGAUGUUUUACUGUUAGAACCACCAGGACCAGCAGAACCCAAGACCAGAGCUGGUUUCUUAAGAUAUUCACAAAGAAUCACACUGGAUCCAAACACAGCAAACAGACAUCUGUUAUUAUCUGAUGGAAACAGAAGAGCAACAUGGACAAAACAACUACAGUCUUAUCCUGAUCAUCCAGACAGAUUCACUUAUUAUCUUCAGGUCCUGAGUAGAGAGAGUCUGACUGGACGUUGUUACUGGGAGGUGGACUGGAGAGGGUAUGGGGUUAGGGUAGCAGUCGCAUACAAGACUAUCAGGAGAGAAGGGGGCUCAGAGGAUUGUAAAUUUGGAUUCAAUGACAAAUCUUGGAGGUUAGACUGUUAUAAGGGCAGUUAUACAUUUAUACACAACAAAGUCUACACUCCUGUCUCAGGUCUUCAGUCCUUCAGAGUAGGAGUGUACCUGGAUCACAGAGCAGGUAUUCUGUCCUUCUAUAGCGUCUCUGAAACCAUGACUCUCCUCCACAGAGUCCAGACCACAUUCACUCAGCCGCUACAUGCUGGACUGUGGUUAGGCUAUGGAGGCUCAGCUGAGUUUAUAGAAGUGAAAUAAAGAGAAUUUUGAGUCCAUCAGACCAAAAUCAUGGACUGAGAUCCUUGAACUCUUGAAAUGUUCUGGUUUGUAAAUGUUUGUGGAUCAGUCUCAACAAAAACUCUGGGUUUAGUUCUUCAUUUCAGCUUUUUGAUUCUUUUCUAAAGAUGCUGAUUUGGUCGCAGCUUUAAGGACAGUGAUUGUGGAGAACUUUGAUUGUUUGUAUUUCUCAUGUUGAAAAAUCUUCAUCAAGUUUGAUAUCAACAACAUCAAGAUGAUGGUUUGUUCAAAUCACCUUCAGUUGGUGCAGAUGUUGAAGGUCUGAGACUUUAGAAAAAAGUGAGGUCAAAAUCACAGAAAAAGGACCACCUUAUUUCCUGUCCCAAAUCCAAGCGUCUAAAGUCUUUCCAGUCGUCCCCAAAAACUCUUCAGAUGAUCUGUUUCUUUCUCUGUUUGCUGAAUAUUUGUGUUCAUGUGAUCGAUGGAUAUUUCUGUCUGCUUCUGUUGGAUCAGUGUGUUUGUAAAGACAUCUAGAAUCAGACUUUGGACAGAUCUACAUGUCGUUAUGAGCUCUUCAAUCACUCUAAUAAUAAUAAUCACAUUUAUUAGUCCGACUGUUUGGAUGUUUCUGACUCAGCUCAGAUUGUGGUCAAGUCUAUGAUUGUGGGUAAAAAAAUCAUAAAAUCCUCAAACUGAGUCACUGAAAUCACCUCGUCUGUUUGUCUUUAUUGUGUCUGUUUCUGCUGGAUGUCAUGUUACCGGUCCGUCUGGGUCAUGGAUCCAUGUGGUCUGCAGGAUUCCUAUGAUGUGUUCACUCACUGGUGUUGCAGAUGUGAUUCCUGCAGAUGGAUCAGGUUUUCUGUAACUUAAUAAUAUUCAAUAUAAAUAAAAUAAUUAAAAAAAGAAAAGGUUAAAAAUUGAACUGUGGGAGGUAUUAUACAUUUUUAAAUGAUAGAUAGGAGAGUAAAAAGAGAUUUAAAAUUACAGAAUAAAUAUAAGAUGAUACAAGAAAUCGUUUAAAAAUAAAUCAAAAAAUAUUAUAAGAUAAUAUCAAAAGUCCAGUUUUAUUUGUGUCGUGAAAGAAAUCCAAUUCAGUUCAAUGCAAAACUAAAAAAGUGGGUCUUCUGGAACCCCUCCCAUCUCACCACCUGACACCAUCCAGCCCCUUUCACAUUUCUCUCAUGACUGGGAUUAAAACCUCCACCUAACCCUGGACCUGAUCCCAUCCAAACUCAUUAGGGACCGCCUCCCUGUCAUCUCCCCACUCAUCACUGACAUCAGUAAUACCUCCAUCAGUUCUGGUUCUCUUCCCCAAACCCUCAAACUGGCUGCCGUUCCACCCAUAAUCCAAAAAUCUGGUCUCAACACUGACAGUCCAAGUAACUUCCGCCCCAUCUCCAAUCUCCCCUUCUUAUCUAAAAUUCUGGAUUGUGCUGUCGCCUCUCAACUCAGAACCCACCUCACCUCCAAUAAUCUCUUAGAAUACUUUCAAUCCAGUUUCCGUUCUCAACACAGCGCAGAGACGGCCUUCUUCAAAAUCACCAACAACCUCCUCCUCUCCUCAGACUCUGGACACCUCACCAUCCUCAUCCUCAUCCUUCUUGACCUCACAGCAGCCUUUCAUACUAUCAACCACUCCAUCCUGCUCUCCCGACUGAAAUCCUCAGCUGAUAUCACUGGCCCAGCACUCCCCUGGAUCCACUCCUACCUCACCAACCGUCACCAGUUCAUCAGCAUCAACAGCUGCACCUCCUCCACCACCACUCCUCCGUCACAAUGCGUCCCCCAGGGAUCAGUGCUUGGUCCCCUCCUCUUCAUUCUCUACAUGCUCCCCCUUGGCAAAACCAUCCAUCAUUACAGAGUCCAGUUUCACUGUUAUGCAGACGAGAUCCAACUAUACAUCUCCACCAAAGCCGUCACAAACACCACCCACUCCACACUCAGCAACUGUCCCACUGAAGUUAAAAAAGAAUGUGAAGAAACUAUCUGCAGUUGAACAGAGACAAAUCAGACAUCAUCAUCAGCAUCAUCAUUGGUCACACAUCCCACACCAGAAUGACCCAAAACUUAAGCCUCACCUUCAACAACUGUACUCUGUCAUGUCCCCUCUCAUCCAGAACCUUGGAGUCAUUUUUGACAGCCAACUCAAGGUCGACCGCCAUAUUAACCACAUCACCAGGACCGUCUUCUUUCACCUCAGAAACAUUGCCCGUCUCCGCCCCUCACUCCCCUUCACUGCUGAAACCCUGAUCCAUGCUUUCAGAACAUCCUGACUAGAUUACCGCAACAGCUUCCUAAACGGCUCAUCAUCCAAAGUCCUCAAUAAACUCCAAUACAUUCAGAACUCUGCUGCCCACCUGCUCACCCACACCUGUUCACCCCUGUCCUCCAAAAACUGCACUGGCUCCCCAUCCCAUACUGCAUACAAUUCAAAACCCUCCUGCUCACCCAGCUACAUAGUGGAGGCCUGCUAGCAUAAGCACAAGCUAACCUCAGCUAGCAUUAGCACUAACAUUGAUUUAUUCCUGUUUCUUAAGGCCUUUAAAACCUUAGCUUUGCGUCAGCAAUACAUGAAAGUCAAAACCUUAAUUUCAGUCUCUGUUUUAUGAGAUUUUGUUCACACAUAUUAACCUUGUAGAACCGCUCUAAAGCUGUGUUCAGUCCAAACGGGACCUUAGCGAUUUGAGCAACAACUCCCAAUGCAAAGUCUAUGUACAGCCGCAACCUGAUGCGACUUGGCGACCGCCGGCUGCCAGUGACACGACGUGAGUGACCUACGAGACAAGGUCGCGCAUGGUCGCCGAGGUCGCAGGACAACAAGUCGCGUCACUCCUAAAGUUCAAAUAUUUUAACUUUGGGAGCGACUUUCUGCGACUCCGUGCCACGAUAGCCAAUCAGGGCUUUGCUGACGUCAACAAACCGGCAAAGCAAGGUGGAGGAGAAGAAGAAUCACAAUGGAGGAGCAGCUUAUCACUGCCGUGAGUUAUCACCCGGUCCUGUAAGACGUGGGGUGCACGUUCUACCGGGACCGCACCUCCAAGGAGGAAGCAUGGGCGAAGGUGGCCCAUGAUGUCGGGCUUUCUGGUAAGUUUGUUUGUUUUUUUGUUUCAGUGAGCAGACUAUUUUCUGAAAACAUAGCAAACUGCCCCUGCUUGCUAGGCUACAUGUUUCAACGUGUGUGUGUGUAUGUCUUUGCAGUGGAUGUGUGCCGCAAGCGCUGGAAGGGGCUGCGGGAUGUAUAUUUGAGGGAGAAAAGGAGGGAGAAGGAAGGUGGGAGAAGCGGGUCAACAGCGACCAGCCGCAUCCUGCGACCUCUGCGACUGCAGAUUUGGACCCGGUGUGAACACACCAGGGCACGACGCGAUGGGAAUACAGCGACCAACACGACUAGGUCGCUUCAGGUUGCGUUUGGUCUGAACGCGGCUUAACAGUGAGAAAGAUGGCCGUCCGCACAUUUGCUGCUUUAGUUCUCCAGCCCAGAGCUCGACCCUCCAGGCAGAGUUUUCAGACCAAACAUAACUUCUUCCUUUUUCCUUAUCAGGACAGAGAUUUGAGAUAACAAGAACUCAACUGAAGUAUUUUUAGAUGAGGAUUAUGAAUAAAUUGUAAAUGCAAAAAAAUAAUUCACCAAACAUUUACCAAAAUGUGAGAGGCAGAAUCUUUAGUUUGUUCAGGAAAAUUUUGAUCUACUUGUUGGAAGUCUUUCUGUGAUUGAUGAGGUUUAUAUGAGGUCAAUAAAUGUUGGUUUAGUUCAUCUUCAGGACGGCUGCAGCUUUAAUAACUUCUGCUUGUUGGAGUUUCAGAGUCUAAAGUUCACAUCGUCACUCCUCUUCCUGGAUCAUAAAAAAACUUGAUAACCUCUCCCAGAUCUGAUCAGGUCCAAAGUCUGAGGAUGGGUGUAACCAAGAUAUACUGAGCUGACUUGACGAUCAGAGAUCAGACUGGGAAAUAAAACUCAGUCAGUCGUCGUCGACAGCGAGUGUUGAAAUGGCGCAGAAAGGAGUUCAUCUGGACCGUGAGUCUUUCUCUUGUUCCAUCUGUUUGGAUCUUCUGAAGGAUCCGGUGACUGUUUCCUGUGGACACAGCUUCUGCAUGAGCUGUAUUCAAACCUACUGGGAUAAAGAGGAUGAGAAGAAGAUCUACAGCUGUCCUCAGUGCAGACAGACCUUCACUACGAGGCCUGUCCUGAUAAAAAACACCAUGUUAGCAGGUUUAGUGGAGGAAGUGAAGAAGAGCGGACUCCAAGCUGCUCCUGAUGAUCCCUCUGAGGCUGGACCUGAAGAUGUGGCCUGUGAUUCCUGCAGUGGGAGAAAACUGAAAGCUGUCAAGUCCUGUCUGGUCUGUUUGAUCUCAUUUUGUGAAAAACACCUCCAGCCUCAUUAUGAAUCUCCUGCCUAUGCAAAACACAAGCUGGUGGAGCCCUCCAAGAAGCUCCAGGAGAACAUCUGCUCUCAUCAUGAUGAGGUGAUGAAGAUGUUCUGCCGCACUGAUCAGAAGUCCAUCUGUUAUCUCUGCUCUGUGGACCAACACAAAGGCCACGACACAGUCUCAGCUGCAGCAGAAAGGACUGAGAGGCAGAAAGAUCUGGAGGAGAGUCGAGAAAACAUCCAGCAGAGAAUCCAGGACAGAGAAGAAGAUGUGAAGCUGCUCCAACAGGAGGUGGAGGCUAUCAACGGCUCUGCUGAUAAAGCUGUGGAGCACAGCCAGGAGAUCUUCAGCCAGCUGAUCCGUCUGAUGGAGAAACGCCGCUCUGACGUGGAGCAGCAGGUCAGAUCCCAGCAGGAACGUGAAGUGAGUCGAGUCAAAGACCUUCAGGAGAAACUGGAGCAGGAGAUCACUGAGCUGAAGAGGAAAGACGCUGAUCUGCAGAAGCUCUCACUCACAGAGGACCACAACCAGUUUCUGCACAGCUACCCCUCACUGUCAGAACCGGGUCAACCUGCAGACUCAUCCAGGAUCAACAUCCGUCCUCUGAGAUACUUUGAGGAGGUGACAGCAGCUGUGUCAGAGGUCAGAGAGAAACUCCAGGAUCUUCUGACAGAGACGUGGACAAACGUCUCACAGGCAGUGACUAAAGUGGAUGUUUUACUGUUAGAACCACCAGGACCAGCAGAACCCAAGACCAGAGCUGGUUUCUUAAGAUAUUCACAAAGAAUCACACUGGAUCCAAACACAGUAAAUGAAUAUCUGUUAUUAUCUGAUGGAAACAGAAGAGCAACAUUUACAGGAGAACAGUCUUAUCCUGAUCAUCCAGGCAGAUUCACUGUUUAUUUUCAGGUCCUGAGUAGAGAGAGUCUGACUGGACGUUGUUACUGGGAGGUUGACUGGAGCGGGGACGGGGUUAUUGUAGCAGUCGCAUACAAGACUAUCAGGAGAGACGGGAGAUCAGAGGAUUGUAGAUUUGGAGAAAAUGACAAAUCUUGGAGGUUAGACUGUUAUAAUGACAGUUAUGAGUUUGUUCACAACAAAGUCAACACUGAUGUCUCAGGUCCUCCGUCCUCCAGAGUAGGAGUGUACCUGGAUCACAGAGCAGGUAUUCUGUCCUUCUACAGCGUCUCUGAAACCAUGACUCUCCUCCACAGAAUCCAGACCACAUUCACUGAACCUCUACAUGCUGGACUGUGGUUAGGCCUUGGAGCCUCUGCUGAGUUUAUAGAAGUGAAAUAA